ACACGUGGUGUGUGCCCGUAGUGGGAUAUCUGGGUGUUCGGGUGGGGUUUAGUUUGUUAGGCUUGGAUGAGUGGGUUUGAUCAUCGUAUGGGGCCGGUGCAGUAGUUGGCGUUUUCAUUAAUCCUCCGUAUUUCAGCCGUUUUUAAGAACGACUGGAUAACUGCAUUCUUGGCAAAGAAAACAAGUUGGUCAAAAUGGGGAAAAAAGAUAAGAAAAAGAAGGGCCAGGGCAUAGAAAAAACUGCAGCAAAAACUGAAAAGAAUUUGUCCAAGAAAUUAAAGAAGCAGCUAACCAAGAAAGGAGAAGAAAGUGUGGAGCUGAUGAUUGGCCGUUUGGUGGCUGAGGAAGAGCUGAAGAAAGAGAUUGUAGAAAAGGUUUCACCACCACCACCAGCCAGAAGCAGUUUUACCAUGUGUGCCCAUCCUGAAAGGGAUGAGAUUCUGCUGUAUGGUGGUGAAUAUUUCAAUGGCAAAAAUACGACGGUGUUCGGCGAUCUGUACCAGUACCGGUGCCGGGCGGCGGAGUGGCGCCUGCUGCAGUACCCGCGCGGCCCGCCGCCGCGCUGCGCGCACGCGGCCGUGGCGGCGCCGCUCGGCGGGGGCCAGCUCUGGCUGUUCGGCGGCGAGUUCUCCAGUCCCAGCGGCGAGCAGUUCCACCACUACCGCGACCUCUGGUGCCUGCACACCAGCGCACGGCGCUGGGAGAAGAUCAGCGCGGCGGGCGGCCCGUCCGCUCGCAGCGGCCACAGGAUGGUCUACUACCAGAAGCAGCUGAUCGUGUUCGGCGGGUUCCACGACAACCUGCAGAGCUUCCAGUACUUCAACGAUCUGCACGCGUUCGAUAUCGACAGGCGCGAGUGGCGCAAAUUGGAGGUGUCCGGUCAGGGCCCGUCGGCCCGCUCGAGCGUGGCCAUGCUGGCGCUGGCCGACGGCCGCGUGCUCGUCUACGGCGGCUACUGCAAGGAGAAGGUGAAGAAGAACGUGGAGAAGGGCACCACGUUCAGCGACAUGUACCUGCUGACACCGGACAGUGAGUACCGGCCGGUGGGAGGUGCCCGGUUCGCGGUCACCACUGCCAGCUGCACCCGGAAGCCGAGAGGCGGGCGGCCGCGUGGGCGAGCCUGGGAGGACUUGUGGUGCCGUCCGGCGACAGCGUGUCUCUUCUUCGGAGGCGUCACAGACGAAGAGAGUGACGACAAACUCAAGGGUACCUUCUUCAACGACAUGUACAUGCUCGACGCCGGCAAGGGCGUCUGGCACACAGUGACCCUCUCUGGCCGGCGGGACCCCGCCCGGCGGCGGCGCCGUCGCCGCGCGGCAGACGACCCGGCCCCCGAGCCGGCGGCAGCGGCGGCAUCGGGCAGCGGUGACCCCGCCGAGCAGCUGGAAGCGAUGUCGAUCGAGGAGGAGGCGGCGGCGGUGGCGGCGCCGUCGCCGCGCGCCCGGGCCGGCCUGGCGGCUCGCGCCGGCCAGCUGUUCCUGUACGGCGGCCAGCUGGAGCGGGGUAGUGUAGAGGUCACGCUCAGCGACUUUUACCAGCUCGACACGUCAAAGAUGGACGAGUGGAAGACGCUGGUGGAGCAGCCCAAGGACGUGGAUUGGCAGGGCUCGGACGACGAAAGCAUGGACGGUAGCGACGACGAUGAGGAGGAUGACGAUGAAGACGACGAUGACGACGAUGAUGACGAAGAAGAUGAAGACGACAGCGACAUGGAGGAUGAAGAUUUGUGACAUUUUUGAGAUAGUUUAUGCCUUUUGAGGUCGAGAACUCGAUUGUCGUGUGGGUUGAGUUAGUGGCAAGAUCUUUUUGGAGCGGGUUAGGACUUGUUGCGAACCGCUUCUUACACGUUUACCACAUUUCCACGUCUGCUGCGUCAGCCUCGCUGUGGACUUGGUUCGCCAAAGCAGAGAUCAUGACGUAUGUAUUGAACAUGCUCGUUGCCGUCUGGACAGUGCGUCCAACAAGCUACAUGAUUUCAA